AUGGGGCUCGUAGAACUCAUCGAUUUCGUGCGACUGGAAGCAGGACUGGCAGCUCGAGGAGUAGCAAAUCCGGAUCCAGACUCCGAGUCUGGCGACGGGAACAGCUGCUUCGCGUCAAAGGUCGGAGAAAGUGCGCUCGGAUAUCCUGGAUACCGACGUCCCACGUCCGUCAGUAGAGAGAGCCUUGCUAGCUUCAGCUGCAUAGGAGUGGAUCCCAUUCCAGAUGUGUCAGUAUGCAUGCCGAGCAUGUCAAGUACUGGAUUAAGGUCGGCACCUCCACGGUCGAACAUCAUACCACAUAAAUUGGGCAUUGCUCCGUCAAGCGAAGACCUGGUGUUUGAGAUCUACGUUGGACACGUUGUACGGAGCUGGACAUGGCAGCUGGUGAAAUGGACGGUCGUGACCAGAAGCCGCGAAGCUAUUGGCUUGGCUCGAAGCAGCGGAGGAGGUCGAGGCGCCUUCGCUGGUAAUGCGACGAAGUGCUUGAGCAAUGAGCGGGUUGAUGCCUUCCGAGCGAGUAAAACGAGCAUCAUCGACGAUCCAGAGGCCGCCGUACUGUUGCCACGGGAAGUUGCGCAAGAAAUGAUCUUCUGGGUAGACAUCGAAGCCAAGCGUCUUUGA